UUCCCUCUCUCCAAGAUAUAUCUCCAACUCCGUCGCAUCAUAAACACCCUCAGGUCACUCACUUCACCUACCAUCGGAUCCCUCGCAACCGGUCAAUGCACAUCCUUCUGGCUAGAUGAUCUCUACGGCCUCCCGCCCCGCUCCGGACCACCCGAGCUCUCUCGCUAUCUCCACUUCUGGGGCAACUUCAGAGGCAUGAGAACGGCAAUAGAAACCGGAAAGCGAGGUGAAGUUCUCACUGGUACUGCAUAUAUCCCUUCCGCUAUGGGUCCAUUCGUCUUGACACAUCAUGAUCUGGCGCCGCGGAAUCUUCUUCUCUCGCCCUCUGGGGAGCUUUGGCUGCUUGAUUGGGAUCUUGCGGGGUUUUAUCCUAUUUACUUUGAGUAUGCGUCCAUGUAUAAUUUUAUCAUGCCUCAGAGUUGGGGAUUGUUUGCUCGAUGGCGUUGGUACCUGUUUACGUGGAUUGCGGCUGGCUCAUAUAGACGUGACUAUGAGGUACUGGCUUCUAUGCAAUCGCGGUUUACUCGUUUUCGGGCUGGGAGGAGGUUUGAGCUACUGAAUGUGGGUGGACCUUCUAGACGGCGAGUUUCGUAG